CAAUUUUCCAUAUAUAUUUAUUUUUAUUGCAGUUCCAGAGAGGGCUGGGACGGAGGGCCAUCUGGCGGCGAAUGGUGGAAGUGGUGGUCCCGGGGUGAUUAUUGCACGUGUGGAUAUAAGCUCUGCCUGUUUGUCUUAUUUCCAAAUUUCAGAUCAAGAUGCCUUCUGACGCCAAAAAGAAGCGAGAACAGAAGAAGAAAGAGGCAGCCAAGGCCAAGCAGAGUGGCAAGAAAAUUGAAAAUAAAGAAGAGAAAGAGCAACCAAAGGACAAGGGAACUGCCAACAAUACCAAGAACAACUCCCGUGAAACCACCCCACUGCAGAAUGGCACUGCAAAUGGCAUUGAGAAGCUCAGUGCAGAAGAGAUCCUUUGCCGCAAGCUUGAGGAGGACAUGCGCAUUGCCAGUGAGGCACGCUCCUGCACUGGUGUCUUGGGCAUUCACCCACGUGCUCGGGACAUUAAGAUUGACAACUUCUCCAUCACUUUCCACGGAUCAGAGAUGCUGCAAGACACCAAGCUGGAGUUGAACUGCGGGAGACGGUACGGCUUAAUUGGUGCUAAUGGAUGUGGAAAAUCUACUCUAUUAGCAACCUUAGCCAACAGGGAAGUUCCCAUCCAGAAGCACAUAGAUAUUUUCCACCUAGUGCGGGAGAUGCCAGCCUCGGACAAGACUGCUCUUCAGUGUGUCAUGGAGGUGGAUGAAGAGAGGAUUCGCCUUGAGUCUUUGGCUGAAGAAUUAGUUUCCAGCGAAGAUGAUGAGGCCCAAGAGCAGCUGAUGGACAUAUAUGACCGCUUGGAGGACCUUGGAGCUGACCAGGCUGAGGCCAAGGCUGCCUUCAUCCUGCAUGGUCUUGGCUUCACCCAUGCCAUGAUGGAGAAGAAGUGCAAGGAUUUCUCUGGUGGCUGGAGAAUGAGAAUUGCCCUGGCCCGUGCUCUGUAUGUCAAGCCUCACCUACUAUUGCUGGAUGAACCCACCAACCAUUUGGAUCUGGAUGCCUGUGUGUGGCUGGAAGGGGAGCUGGCCAAGUACAAGCGCAUCCUGGUCAUUAUCUCCCACUCCCAGGACUUCCUCAAUGGCGUGUGCUCCAACGUGAUCCACAUGGACAAGAAGAAAUUGAAGUAUUUUGGUGGUAAUUAUGAUGCAUUUGUAAGGACACGUCUUGAAUUGCUGGAGAACCAGAUGAAGCAGUACCAGUGGGAGCAGGACCAGAUCGCUCACAUGAAGAACUACAUUGCUCGGUUUGGCCAUGGCUCAGCCAAGCUUGCCCGACAAGCCCAGUCCAAAGAGAAGACCCUUGCCAAGAUGGUUGCUGGAGGACUCACAGAGAAGGUCUCUAGGGACAGGUGUCUCACCUUCUACUUCCCGGAUUGUGGAACGAUUCCUCCACCAGUCAUCAUGGUGCAGAACGUCAGUUUCCGGUACAGUGACAACACACCUUUCAUCUACAAGGAUCUGGAGUUUGGUAUUGACCUGGACACAAGGCUGGCUCUGGUGGGGCCUAAUGGUGCUGGCAAAUCAACACUACUCAAGUUACUCUAUGGUGAACUGAACCCAACCACUGGCAUGAUUCGCAAGAACACCCACCUCAGGAUUGCCCGCUACCACCAGCACCUGCAUGAGCUUCUGGAUUUGGAUGUCUCACCCUUGGAUUACAUGAUGAAACAGUUCCCUGAGCUUAAGGAACGAGAUGAGGUGCGGAAGAUCAUAGGUAGGUAUGGCCUGACGGGCAAGCAGCAGGUGUCACCCAUCCGCCAGCUGAGUGACGGACAGAGGUGUCGUGUGGUGUUUGCCUGGCUGGCCCACCAGGCGCCCCACCUUCUGCUGCUGGACGAGCCUACCAAUCACCUUGACAUGGACACUAUUGAUGCCCUGGCUGAGGCUGUGAACGACUUUGAAGGAGGCCUUGUGCUGGUUUCCCAUGACUUCAGGCUAAUUUCUCAGGUUGCUGAGGAGAUAUGGAUCUGUGAGAACCAAACAGUCACCAAGUGGGAGGGAGACAUCCUUUCCUACAAGGAAAUGCUCAAGAAGAAGGUAAUGAAGGAUAAUGAGAAACGAAAGAAAAUGUUUUAGGUGAAUAUUUUUCCAAAUGACAUUUACUUUUUUUUUUUUUUUUUUUUUUUUUUUUUUUUUUCCUCCAAAUAACAGAUAUAGACUGAUCUUUUAGCAUUUUUCAAGCUAUAGUUUUGAAAUACUAAAAAUCUCAUUUAUAUGUACAGAAAAUGUGUAUUGUUAUACUUCCAGUAUGUUAAUUUUUUUUAUCCUUGAGUUAACAUUUAACAUUUGUUUUAUCAGUUUUUAUCAUUGCCAUGUCCUGAUUAUGAUUCAUGAAUAUCGGUCCUCUAGACACUCCACUACUUUUGAACAGACUACAGAUAUAUACCAACAAUUUUUUCUUCUUAUUUUCCCUUCAUUAGUUUCUAUAUGAAUAUUUCCAUCCAUAUCCUGAUGAAACAUGUGUAGGCCUGCUUUUAUGUGUUUAUUCUCUUAGAGCCUUGUGACAUGAUGCAACAUAAACCUAUGUUUUCAUAUCAGGGAAUAUAUAUUUAUAUAAUGUUGGUUUUGUACUACUUGCACUUAUACCUCCAUGCCCAGCAUCCCUUAAUAUGUCAAAUUUUACUGAAACUUUACAACCACAGUGAUUUCUCCUCAUGGAUAGUUUAUAGAAAGGUAACAGUUACUGUUGGUGUAUUAUUUGAUUCUUGAAUCUUGCAUCAGGCUCAAAUUUGCUCCAGGUAUGAUAAAUUGUUGAGGUUUGGCAACAGCCCAGUGCUGUGGCCAGAGUUUAGUAUGUAGUCUACAAGGUUCCUGUUAUGUGGCUCAUGUGUGCUUUAAAAGUUAAAAAAAUUAACCAAGUGUUAGCACAAAUUAUUUUUCUUCAGUCUUCAUUUUGAGAUGCUUUUCAUAGAAGAGACAAUGUGUUGUUCUCUUCGUUGCGGCUGUGGUGACCCAUCAUGGCUUGUAAUGUGGUCUUUACUCUCUUUUGCUCUGGAUUGCCUUGGAUUACUUUGAACAUUGAAAUUUAGCUAUCAGUCUUUUUGGUGCAAAUAUAUAUAUAUAUAUAUACAGUUUGCAUGCUUGGAUACCAAAGUGACAUACUAAAAAUAUGAAUAUUGAAAUAUACAUAGAAUAUUUAAAUGUUUGAUAUAAAACUAACUUGGAUAUACAUUACAUGUUCCAUCAUUGUUUCAUCAUUAAAAAAAUUGUUGUCUGGAAUGGAUCACGUCUCCCAGACACCUUUACUGUUUUUCUGUUCUAUUAUCCUGAGGCCUUGCAGAAUCAAGUUGUGAUGAAAGAUGUGUCAAGGCUGCCUGCUUACACUUGUUUCUGAUGACAAUAUAAAUUCAUAACUGCAUAUUAUGUACAUUAUGGAUUGCACACUAUGUAGUGCUGUUGUUCUGUAAAGUAUUUGGCUUUAACACAGUGUUACUGUGAGAAUCUAUUAACAUCCAUAGGAUGUGCAUCUGUGCUCUUCAUAUAAUAUGGAUACUGAUAAUGUUAAAAAAAAAAAAUGCAAUAAAAUCUUAAGUAGAA